CACCCGGCUGGGCUCUGCGGCCGUGGUGGCCCUGGGCUUGCGGCCGGCGCCCGUGACAGCAGCGUCGCGGAGCCGGCUACCCCAACCCGGGGCCGCUGCCGACCUCGCUGGCCGAGCCGCAUCUCCUGGCGGGAUGGGCGGCGAUGCGGGAGCCGAUGGUCCCCGGGGCCGCGUCAAGAGCCUGGGGCUGGUGUUCCAAGACGAGAGCAAGGGUUGCUACUCCAGCGGGGAGACAGUGGCUGGGCACGUGCUGCUGGAGGCUGCAGAGCCGGUGGCCCUGCGCGGGCUGCGCCUGGAGGCCCAGGGCCGUGCCACCUCUGCCUGGGGCCCGAGCGCUGGGGCCCGGGUCUGCAUCGGUGGCACCGCUCCAGCAGCUUCCUCGGAGGUGGAAUACUUGAACCUGCGCUUGAGCCUGCUCGAGGCCCCAGCUGGUGAAGGCCUCACUUUGUUACAACCUGGAAAACACGAGUUUCCCUUUCGCUUUCAACUUCCAUCUGAACCGUUGGCAACGUCGUUUACUGGAAAGUAUGGCAGUAUUCAGUAUUGUGUGAGGGCUGUUUUGGAACGACCCCAAGUACCAGAUCAGAGUAUAAGAAGGGAGCUCCAGGUUGUCAGUCACGUGGAUGUCAACACUCCACCCUUAUUGACUCCUGUGCUGAAAACGCGGGAGAAAAUGGUCGGCUGCUGGAUCUUCACGUCUGGUCCCGUGUCACUGAGUGUGAAAAUUGAAAGAAAGGGCUACUGUAAUGGAGAAGCUAUUCCCAUCUAUGCAGAAAUAGAGAAUUGUUCAUCUCGCCUGAUAGUUCCUAAGGCAGCCAUAUUCCAAACCCAGACCUAUCUGGCUAGUGGAAAGACAAAGACAGUCCGGCACAUGGUUGCCAACGUCCGAGGAAACCACAUUGGUUCUGGAAGUACAGACACGUGGAACGGGAAGAUGCUGAAAAUCCCACCUGUUACGCCCUCCAUCCUGGAUUGCUGCAUUAUCAGAGUAGACUAUUCCUUAGCUGUAUACAUCCACAUUCCUGGUGCUAAAAAAUUGAUGCUGGAGCUACCCUUAGUUAUUGGUACGAUUCCAUACAGUGGCUUUGGCCGCAGAAACAGCAGUGUUACAAGCCAGUUCAGUAUGGACAUGAGCUGGUUGGCACUGGCCCUGCCGGAGCAGCCCGAAGCACCACCAAAUUACGCUGAUGUGGUAACCGAGGAAGAAUUCUCCCGACACACUCCUCCGUACCCUCAGCCCCCUGACUGUGAGGGGGAAACCUGCUACUCUAUGUUUGCAUGCAUACAAGAAUUCCGGUUCCAGCCUCCACCUCUUUAUUCAGAGGUUGAUCCACAUCCUGGGGAUGCCGAAGAGACGCCGCCGCCGCCUGUUUCCUUCAUUCUCUGAAGAGAUCCCAGCUUUCACUGUGUUGUUACCAACUUAGAAUAUUGGUUCUUUCGCCUGCCUUGGUGGAGGAGAAAGUGAACUUGAGAACAUUUGCACUUCAAGUGUGAAGACAACAGAAAUGAAAGAGUUUGAGAACUUUUUAGUGGGGUGGUCUCACAAGUUUGUAGGGUGGAGUCAGUUGUCCCCUUUAAAAGUGGAUGAAAAUGUGAACUGAAAAACCGGAAGUCCUGGGGAUGGGAGAGGAAGUGAAGGAUUGUCUGCACUGUUGGAGAGAGGAGUCUUAAGGAAUUGGAAGGUUGCAGGAGUGUACUCUGACCAGGGUUCACAGUUAGGAACUUAACGGACUUGUUAGGAAGAUUUGAUGUAGGGGAACAAGACAGCUUUGAAGUAAGUGUGAAUGAGGAAGUGGUCUACUUUCAAUGGAAUUGAGGUCCCAGGUUUGAGGGUCUUCAUGAUUUCUUAUGUUACCACAGCAAGGACUCAGGUCCUUGAAAGUAUCCUUUCUGGAGUCCAUGGUCAUGGGAGAUCCUGAUGGAAGUGACAGUGGUUCCACUCUCUGCUGAGGAGGUUAAAAUGUGCUUUGAAAACUGGCUCUACAGUACCGGGAAGCCUAGAAGGGAUUCCUUAAAAGCUUGCCACAUCAAAAGGAAAGAGGAGUUCUCACAUGGAGUGUGUUGUGAAAGGCUGUACUUCCUCCCACUGUAAGAACUUCUGCAGAAUAUACGUUUGAUGUUCCCCAUCCCUCCGUUACCUAGGGAAUAUUAGAAAAAGAUGGGGUAGGCAUGACAUCUUUAGGAUAUCUAAUACCUGCACAAAACAAAGUGUUUCCUUAUCCUACCUCCAGUGACUUCCUCAGGCCUGCUCUCAGAACUCCAGGCCUGACUGACCUUUGGGGUUUCUGCUGUAUACAGUUGGCAGACUCCUUCCAGCCUAUCACUUGUUCUGAAACUAGACCAAGGGAAAAUCCCAUGAGCUUAGCAUUAAAUAGAAAUAAAUACAAGCACCCAAGAUCUUAAAAGAAAUCCCAACUCAAAAGAGGAUGGGAACGUGCCUGAGCUCUUCCUGUGAUGUGGCUUCAGUGGGUGGAUGGCAGUGGCCAUGCUGUGCAUUCUUAGUCCAGUUCGUUAGUAAUUCCAUUUAAACUGUGAUUUUUUUUUAAUUGUUUUGGUGCAAUAUUUUGUUGUCAUUGAGCCUCAGGAUAAUUCAGACCUACAGGACUGUGUUGCUGCUGACUGGGUCAGCCAUGUCUUUACCAGCCUCCUCCCCUCCUGUUCACGGUCACAUGCUCAGUUGUUUUGCCUCCAAUCUGUUGGUCCCAGGAGCUAAGAACAUUACUGACACCAGGUGGGAGGGAGAUUCUCACAAUGAAGAUCUGGACCAGCCAAAUCCUAAGGGUUUGAUCUAGAAACCCUGGUGCUUUCCAGGCAGAAUGUUGUGCUGCGUUCAUCAGAGCAAUGGAUUUAUUUUUCAGUCACCCAGUUCACUUAAAGACAUUUGUCUAGGGUUAAAUUUUAUAUUCAAACGUCAGUGGGCCAUCUGUUUUUGUACCAAUGUUAGGUAAAUGUGUACUUGUCCCCUCUGAGCAUACCUCUCUCUUCUGUGGUCAUGUUAAUGUCAAACACAUGUAUUUUCAUUGUAAGCCACUGUCUAAAAUGCCAAACGGUAUUGCCAGUAAUUGUGGUGUGGGAAUUACCACAAACCUUAUUUCUCAUGUUAGUUGUUGGAGAUUUCUUUUGUCUUUUUGUUGUGUGUCUGCAAACAGUUAUGGUUGUUCAAGUACUAUCUAAACCGUUUUUGUUUUUGUGGUAGAAAAGAUGAUGAGCUGUCUUUUGGCUUCCAGGCUGUAGUUUACAUGCUUUGUCAAGACGUGGUCCAUCUCCAUGAAACCAAAACAAAGGGGGAGAAAGUGACAGUAUGGACAGAGAGAAAACAGAACAGGUUGGCUCGCUGUAGCAAAGCUGUUGCAGUCAGUUUGCUUAGAGAAAUCAUGAAGUCCCCCGCAGAAGUGAAGCAGAGCCAACAGUGGCAUUCAAGAGAAUAGCUCAGAGACAACUUUAUCUGCGUCUGCCCGGCCCGACACUUAUAGUCAGGAUAACAUGAAUGUAGAAAACUGCAUCGGAAACCCUGCAAAUGAGAUCAGACUGUAGCUGCUAAUACUUGCCUGUUUAGUCCCCUCUUGCUCUCAUUUAGGUUUGGAAGAAUGAAAAGUGCCCUUAAGGUUUUCUUUUUGAUGCCCAAAGUUUGAGAUUAAAAGUGUGUAUCUUUUGGUGCACAUAGAUCUUUCCUUCCCUGGGCAGAAUUUUACUUUCUCUGUUUUGGUUUUGCACAAUGAGAAACUCAGUAGGCAAGGGUUAUGUUUUUGAUAAGUUCACUAGCUUUUUAAAAUUUUUAUUAAAAAUGUAAUAACUUAACCAAGCGGAAAAUAAAAAUUGUAUUUUGUACUCUUGUUUGA